AUUCCAUCCUCGGUGUGGACACUGAGAUUGCAGCAACUACCCACGUUCUUGUGGAGAAGAUUUAUGUACUGGAGCACCGCUUUAGCCUUGUUUUUAUCGGAUGCAGCUGUCGAAUCGAAAGAGAAAUGUCUCAAAACUGAGAUCAUAAAUUGCUGAAGUGAUGAUGCAAACCAUUUUUUGACCGUUCAAUCGUUUUUAGACGUGUAAGGAACUCCAUUUCUUCCUUAUGAAACUCGCUCUCACUCGCGCAGGAGAAGUUUAGAUUACGGCUGGUAAGAUCUAAAUUGCAAAGAUGGCGGUAGACUCUCUCCUCCUUCGUCCUCUGUCCCCGCAACUCCGCCUAUUAUCCCCCACUGCCUCGUCGAGAGGUUUCUGUUCACAGCUUCAAUAUCAUAAAAAAUGUAAUACUAUAGAUAAAUCCUGGAAGGAAACGGUUGCAGGUUGCCAUACAAAUAAACAUAUGGGGUUGAGAAUUGAAAGAUUUACCCGUUCUAAUGGUUGGAGACAUCUAAAUGCCACGUCAGAGCACUCUUUAGAACCAGAACCUGAAGCAUAUACUUUUAUGAAAUUAUGGAAUAUACUACUGUCAUCCUUGAAUGUUUUCUACCGAUUUUCACGUCCCCACACUGUCAUAGGCACAGCAUUGAGCAUCGUCUCAGUUUCUGUCCUGUCCAUUGAGAAAUUUGCCGACUUUUCUCAACCUUUUUUUACUGGGCUUUUACAGGCAUUGAUUUCUGCGCUAUUCAUGAACAUUUAUAUUGUUGGACUAAAUCAGUUAUUUGACAUAGAAAUAGAUAAGGUUAACAAGCCAACUCUCCCACUCGCUUCUGGGGAGUACUCUUUCAGAACUGGCGCUGCAAUUGUUUCUGUUUUUGCUAUUAUGAGUUUUGGCAUUGGAUGGGUUGUUGGAUCUUGGCCAUUACUUUGGGCCCUUUUCGUCAGUUUCAUUCUUGGAACAGCAUAUUCUAUCAAUCUACCAUUUUUUAGAUGGAAAAGAUUUGCUGUACUUGCUGCCAUGUGCAUCCUUGCUGUCCGUGCCGUGAUUGUUCAACUAGCAUUUUUUCUUCACAUUCAGACCUUUGUAUUUAGAAGACCAGCUAGCUUCUCGAAGCCAUUGAUUUUUGCAACUGCAUUUAUGACCUUCUUUUCAAUUGUUAUCGCAUUAUUCAAGGAUAUACCAGAUGUUGAAGGAGAUCGGAUAUUUGGUAUUCGAUCAUUUAGUGUGCGUCUUGGUCAAAAGCCGGUAUUUUGGACGUGUGUGUGCCUCCUUGAGAUGGCUUACGCUGUAGCCAUAGUGGCUGGAGCAACUUCAACCUGCCUAUGGAGCAAGUUUCCAACGGUGUUGGGCCAUGCUGUACUUGCACUGAUUCUCUGGAACAAUGCUAGAUCCGUCAGCUUGACAAGUAAAGCUGCUAUAACAUCCUUUUAUAUGCUUAUUUGGAAGCUAUUUUAUGCUGAGUACUUACUCAUUCCACUCAUAAGAUGAAGGCUGUUGGUGUAGUCAAAGAGGUGUGAUACUUUUUAAGUUUUUUAAUGAGAAAAUGAUAAAAAUGGUCAACUGACUCUUUAUGAAGGAUUAAAAUGGUCAUGAAUUAUAUUAAAAGAUCAUUUUGGUCCCUCAAAUUUUAAAAAAGUGGGACUAUUUUGAUUUCUUCUUAAGGAGUUACGCGAUCAAAAUGGUCUUUAAUAUAGUUUGAGAAUGUUUUGAUCAUUUAUAAAGGGUCAAUGGACCAUUUUGAUCUUCAUCUCUUUUUUUUUUAAUGUAUAAUUUUUCUACUGCUUGUUUUAGUCCAUGUUAAUCAUUUGAACCAGUGGAUUCUGGUGAAUCAAUUGCUCAAGGCAUAGUGACUAUCUUGCCCUGUUUCCUAAUAUCCAUUUUCCAUUUAAAAUUA